UUGGCCUGGGGAGAUCAUUCUCUUCCUCUGAUCCCUGCUGCAGCCCAGCCUGGAAUUUGGAGUUUGACCUGCAAGGAGACUCCCAGCUGUAGGCGGUGCAGGAGAGGGCAGCCACCGUCCUCUUAAGCACUGGCCGUGAGAGCAGAGGGGCCCAGGUGUUCCCCUCCUAGCACAGUCCUCCUGCCUCAGAAGCCACGGACCCACCCAGGGCAGGCAAGCCCAGCACCCAGAAGAAGGUUGGAGAGUUUGCUCAGGACCAUGGAGAGCAGCUCCAGCAGCCCUCAGACCCCCCAGUCAGAUCCCCUGGAAGCUUUUCCCCAGAGGAGCCUGGAGCCGGGUGACAUCGCCGUGCUGGUUCUGUACUUCAUCUUUGUCCUGGCUGUGGGACUCUGGUCAACAGUGAAGACCAAGAGAGACACAGUGAAAGGCUACUUCCUUGCUGGAGCAGACAUGGUGUGGUGGCCAGUGGGGGCAUCCUUGUUUGCCAGCAACGUUGGAAGUGGACAUUUUGUUGGCCUGGCAGGGUCGGGAGCUGCUACAGGCAUUUCUGUCACUGCUUAUGAGUUGAGUGGCUUGUUUCUCGUGCUCAUGUUGGCCUGGAUCUUCCUUCCCAUCUAUAUUGCUGGUCAGGUCACCACGAUGCCAGAAUACCUAAGGAAACGCUUUGGUGGCAACAGGAUCCCCAUCAUCUUGGCUGUGCUCUACCUGUUUAUCUAUAUCUUCACCAAGAUCUCGGUGGACAUGUAUGCAGGCGCCAUCUUUAUCCAGCAGUCUCUGCACCUGGAUCUCUACAUGGCCAUAGUUGGGCUGCUGGCCAUCACGGCUCUGUACACUAUUGCAGGUGGCCUGGCUGCUGUGAUCUAUACAGAUGCCCUGCAGACUCUGAUCAUGCUUAUAGGAGCGCUCAUCCUGAUGGGCUACAGCUUUGCUGCAAUUGGCGGGAUGGAAGGCCUGAAGGAGAAGUAUUUCUUGGCCCUGGCUAGCAACCGGAGUGAGAACAGCAGCUGCGGGCUGCCCCGAGAGGACGCCUUCCAUAUUUUCCGAGACCCCCUGACAUCUGAUCUCCCAUGGCCCGGGAUCAUAUUUGGAAUGUCUAUCCCAUCCCUCUGGUACUGGUGCACGGAUCAGGUGAUCGUUCAGCGGUCUCUGGCUGCCAAGAACAUGUCCCAUGCCAAAGGAGGCUCUCUGAUGGCUGCCUACCUGAAAGUGCUGCCCCUUUUCAUUAUGGUGUUUCCUGGAAUGGUCAGUCGUGUCCUCUUCCCAGAUCAAGUGGCUUGUGCGGAUCCAGAAACCUGCCUGAAGGUCUGUAGCAACCCCUCUGGCUGCUCUGACAUCGCAUAUCCCAAACUUGUGCUGGAGCUCCUGCCCACAGGGCUCCGCGGGCUCAUGAUGGCUGUGAUGGUGGCGGCGCUCAUGUCCUCCCUCACCUCCAUCUUUAACAGUGCCAGCACCAUCUUCACCAUGGACCUCUGGAAUUACAUCCGGCCUCGAGCAUCAGAAAAGGAGCUCAUGAUUGUAGGCAGGGCCUUCGUGUUGCUGCUGGUGCUGGUCUCCAUCGCCUGGAUCCCCGUGGUCCAGGCCAGCCAGGGGGGCCAGCUCUUCAUUUAUAUCCAGUCCAUCAGCUCCUAUCUGCAGCCACCAGUGGCUGUGGUCUUCAUCAUGGGAUGUUUUUGGAAGCGGACCAAUGAAAAGGGUGCCUUCUCAGGUCUGAUCUUGGGCCUUCUCCUUGGCUUGAUUCGGAUGGUCCUGGACUUCGUUUAUGUGCAGCCUCGGUGUGACCAGCCGGAUGACCGCCCCUCCGUGGUGAAGGAUAUCCACUACCUCUACUUCUCCAUGAUUCUGUCUGCAGUGACACUGAUCACUGUUUCCACCGUGAGCUGGUUCACGGAGCCACCCUCCAAGGAGAUGGUAAGCCGCCUGACCUGGUUCACUCGUCAUGACCCCAUUGUCCAGAAAGAACAGGUGCCCCCAGCAACUCCCCUGCCUCUUACCAUCUCUCAGAAUGGGACACCAGAAGCCAGCGUCACCAACAUCCAGCUGGAGAUUGUUCAAGAAAACAUAUCCCAAUGCCAUAGCUGUGACACAACCCCCAAGCGGUCCAAAGUGGUGCGAGCCAUCUUGUGGCUCUGUGGGAUGGAUAGCUCCGGCAAGGAGCCACCAAGCAAGGCAGAACCCAUCAUAGUUUCCUUGGAAGAAAACCCCCUCGUGAAAACCCUUCUGGACAUCAACCUCAUUAUCUGCAUUAGCUGCAGCAUCUUUCUCUGGGGCUACUUUGCCUAACGUGGGGGAAGGGAGGGAGCCCAGGGGUCUAGUUUUUUUGUCCAUGCCCUG